GUCUCCUUUCAAUAUGUCAAUAUGUCAACUGAUGAUUGGUCAACUUUUGCUCACAAAACUGAUACUCUUCUUACCUCCUGUCAACUGGCUACCUUGGAAAAUCAUAAAUUAAAGUCUAAACAAGCUUUGAAUUUCUAUUGGGAUUUGAUCCAAGGAUGCAUUAUAAAAGCUGCUAAAAAAUGUAUUCCAAUUUACUAUUCAUCACAGCACUCACAUAACCUCAGACCUAAAUCCUUAAAGAAAGUUUAUCAACAAAUAAGAACAGCUCAAAAACUUGAAAAGCUUUCUAAAAAAGCAUUUAUAUCCAAUCGCAUCCAUACGCAUUGGUCUAACAUUUAUAACAAAACAGUUAAAAUUGCAGUAGCCUUAAAAUUUGAAUUUUUGCCUAUCGCUGUGCAUACACUAUCAGCAAUUUAUGCAAUCAUUCCUACUAUUAGAUCUCUUGUUUCCACUUUAUCU